UGAUAAUGAUGGUUAUGACAGUCAUGAACGCCUCUGGUCAGUUGUAAUAUAAGUACUACGCGUUCAAUCGUUCUGUUGAAUAGUUAGUCGGUAAUUCCACGGGUGGCUACUUCGGCUUCUUCGCCGUGUGGUAGUCAAGUUCAAUCAUAAGAUGAAAAGUGCGCGGAGUCUAUUUCUAUGUCUGGUAACAGUUUUCUGUUCCGUGCUCUCAAAUCCGGUAGAUCUUUUUCAUCCUGAAGUUUUUGAAGAGUCUCUACGAGCAGAGCUGGAAGAAUACCGUUUGAACGAUGACGUUUUACCAUCUCAUUAUGAUAUCGAGUUAACUCCAUACUUCGAAGACGAGGGCGAUCACAAAGCAUUUACUUUUGAUGGGGAAGUUUUCAUCACGUUAAGACCAACAAAGGCCGAGGUUAAGAAGAUUGAUCUCCAUGUAGCUAGUAUUACAAUAGAAUCCGUAAAUUUAAAAUUAUUUGAUAAUAGUAAAGAUGUGAAGCUUGGGGAAGUUAGUUACAACAACGAUACGGAGAUCCUCAGCAUACCAGUGAAUGAUGUAUUUGCGGAGAUGGAGGAUUACUUACUAAUUAUUCGUUACAUAGGUGUUUUGGGUGAUGAUAUGAGGGGAUUUUAUAGAAGUUAUUAUAAGGAGAGAGACACGAAAAUUUGGUUGGCGUCCACUCAGUUCCAGACUACGUCAGCGAGGCGUGCAUUUCCUUGUUUUGAUGAACCUAAAUUCAAGGCUACAUUCCAGUUGAAAAUCAAUCGUCCGUAUACUUAUCGAUCGUUUUCGAAUACUAAAAUCAUGAGCCAGUCCUACAUUAGUGACACUCGUAUUCAAGACUUGUUUGAAGAAACUCCGGUGAUGUCAACUUAUCUGGUUGCAUUCAUUGUGGCCGAUUACAUAGAGAACACAAAGAGCAAUAUGGGUAUCUUGGCUCGACCCGAGGCAUGGGAUCAGACCAAAUACAGUUUGCAAGUCGGUAUUGAUUUGUUACACGAAUUAGAAAUGUGGAUUGAUUAUCCAUAUAGUUCCGUUCCGAGUAUGGAUCGAAUGUAUAUGGCAGCGAUUCCAGAUUUUUCAGCUGGAGCAAUGGAAAACUGGGGCUUGCUGACUUAUCGCGAGACCAAUAUACUCUACCAUAGCGACGAUUCGACUAGCAUGCAACAGCAGCGCAUUGCUGCAGUCAUUGCACACGAAAUUGCUCAUCAGUGGUUUGGGGAUUUGGUUACUUGUGAGUGGUGGGAUGUCACUUGGUUGAAUGAAGGGUUUGCUCGUUACUUCCAAUACUAUGGUACAGCUUUGGUUGAAGACAGCUGGAAUUUGCCAUACCAGUUCGUAAUUGAACAGCUACAGGGAGUUAUGCAGAUGGAUAGCUUGGAAUCAACUCACCCCAUGACUCACGAUGUGUAUACUCCGGCUCAAGUGAGCAAUAUUUUCGAUAGCAUCUCAUAUAAUAAAGGGGCUGUUGUAUUGAGAAUGGUUGAGCAUAUCCUAUCUACGGGAAGAUUUAAAGCUGGUCUUGCAGCGUACAUCAAAGAACGUGCGUUCAAAACUACUAGACCAGAAAAUCUAUUUGCGGCACUUAAUAUGCAAGGAAAUCCUACAAUAGGUAGUUUUAUGAAACCAUGGACAGUCCAAGCUGGUUAUCCACUAGUAAGUGUGAUUCAAACUACCGAUGGAUUUUCGGUAAAACAAAAAAGAUUCCUCCUCAGCGGUAUGGCUCAUGAAGAUAAAACGCUAUGGCCUCUUCCUAUUACUUAUGCAACGAAGUCCGAAGAUUUUGACAACACAAAACCGUCUAUUAUCGUUGAAACCGAAGAGUCUAAAAUUAAUGUUACCAAUCCAGAUCAACUGCCGUACUUCAUUCUAAACAAUCAGCAGGUCGGAUACUAUCGCGUGAACUAUGAUGCAAAAAAUUGGGAAAAAAUCAACAAAGCACUUAAAUCAAAUGGUUUUGGCGGUAUCCACGUCCUCAACCGAGCACAGAUUGUUGAUGAUUUAUUCAAUUUAGCUCGCGCAGGAGAAGUUAAAUAUGAAACAGCAUUAGAAAUCAUAGAUUACCUUCAGGAUGAAACGGAAUAUCCACCCUGGUUAUCAGCAGUGAACGGUUUCACAAUCUUAUCUCGCCGGAUUCAUCAUGACGACGAAGAGUUAUUCGCUCAAUAUAUCUUACAUCUAUUCAGGAAGGUAUAUAGUUUAGUGAAAUUCCAAGAGCCUGCGGCGAACGAAGAUCGUCUCUUAACGUACCUUCGAAUAAAUGUUCUUCAAUGGGCUUGCAACUAUGGUUUGGAAGCAUGCAAAAAGGAUGCUGCUGCCGAAUUCAAGCGGUAUUUUGAGAACCGUGGCAAAAAAGUUCAUCCUGAUAUUCGACAAGUUGUCUAUUGUGAAGGUAUUCGUCAGGGCACUGAAGAACACUUCAGCUUUCUAUGGAAUCAAUAUCUUUCCACUAACGUGGCAACCGAACAGAUUCUUAUUCUUCAGGGACUAGGUUGUGCUAAAGAUAAACAGCAAAUUCACACACUGAUGGAUGCUAUAAUCUCAGAUAAUAUCAGACCGCAAGAUAAGAGUAGUGCCUUUUCAUAUCUUCUUGCCAAUCCAUACACUCUUGAUCAUCUUUCCGAGUAUCUACGAACGAAUUAUACAGAAUGGGCCGAAGCACAUGGUUCGUACAUGAACGUGGCAUCGGCGUUCAACAGUUUGUUGGCACGCAUGAAAACCGCUGAACAGAUAAGCAAUAUUGAAACAUUCGCGACCAAUAACAAAGAUGUGCUUGGUGAAUCGGCCUACAACUCAAUUCAACAAGGGAUCUCUGAUGUCAACGCUAACCAAAAAUUUAUAGAAAACAAUCGUGAAGUCUUGAAAAAAUUCCUUAAAGAGAGAGCUUCCGGUGCUAGUACAAUAACCAUAUCUUUGAUUACAUUAAUUGGAGUUGUUAUAGCUGUGAUGCGGAAAGAUUUUAUGUUUAAUUUAUAAUUCGAUUUCAGUAGUAUAAAAUGAAAUAGAAAGACUGAAACAACUGUUGAAAAUAGUUUACGAGAGAA